UGCGCCCAUAACAUUUUAUAACUUUUCGAAACAUAAGCUUAUAUUUCUGAUGAAAUAACUCUGUAAUUACAUAUGACGUUUUUUCAGAUAACCCAUUUUUGAAAAUGUUUCCCUACAAAAACGAGGAAAUCAUGCUAUUGAGGAAUAAUUCCACAGAAUUAAUACAAAUUCCGAAAAUAGAAGUGAAAAAAACUUAUCAAGACUUUUUCUUGAAAUAUUUGCUCCCAAAUUAUCCGUGCAUCUUAUCAACAGACUUCACUAAAAACUGGAAAAGUAGAAAAGAAUGGUGCCUAACAGAUGGAAGCCCAAAUUUCGAAUUUCUUCAAACAAGAUUUGGAAAUGCAUGUGUACCUGUUGCCAAUUGUAAAAAGGAGAAAUAUGGUUCACAUCCAAAGUCUGAGAUGACAAUACAUGACUUUAUGUCCUACUGGGAGAAGUAUAAACAAAGGGGUUACCCUUCGGACAUGGACUGCUUGUAUCUGAAAGAUUUUCAUUUCAACAGAGAGUUUCCAGACUACAAAGCCUAUGAAACCCCAGGAUAUUUUACCUCAGACUGGAUGAAUGAAUACUGGGACCAGAGAAAUGAGAUUUGUGAUGAUUACAGAUUUGUUUACAUGGGACCAAAAGGUUCUUGGACACCAUUCCAUGCUGAUGUGUUCAGAUCUUUCAGUUGGUCAGCUAAUGUCUGCGGAAAGAAGAAGUGGAUCUUUUUUCCUCCAGGUGAAGAAGAAUGUUUGAAAGAUGUUCACGGACAACUUGUUUUUGAUGUUAAUUCUGAGGAUUUGAAGAAUCCUAAGAAAUACCCCAAAUUCACUAAACUAAAACACAGAAUAGAAGUGACACAGUUACCAGGGGAGGUUAUUUUUGUCCCAAGUGGCUGGCAUCAUCAAGUUUUCAAUCUUGAGGAUACAAUAUCUAUAAAUCAUAACUGGUUAAAUGGUUGUAAUGUUGAUAUAAGUUGGAACUACCUAAAACUGGGACUUAUGGAAGUAGAACAAGAAAUACAGGAUGUGAAGGAGGCAAAAAUGGUAGAUGGGGACUGGUACCAGCACUGUCAGAUAAUGUUGAAAGCUGACAAAGGAAUAAACUUUCCAGAAUUCUUUGAUUUCAUGAGAACAAUUGUUCUCCCAAGGAUUGAAAUAUUGAAACAGCAGACUAAAUCAACUGAUGUAGUGGAAAAUGAACUUGAAACCAGUCAUAUGGAUACCAGGUUGUCAACCAAAGGGGACAUAACUCAAACAGUUGCCAAAUUACUAACAACGCCUCAUUUGUGGAACACAGACUGUAUUCUGUUUGAUAUUUAUAGAGUUAAAUAUAUUUUAGAAGAUAUGUUGAAAAAUGAGGAGUUUGCAAAUUUUGAUAAGGAAGUUAAUGGACAACAUGUAAAGCAGAUUGAGGAAUUGAUCAGCACUAUUAAUGAAUCUGUUGAAUGUUGUGACGUUGAUAAGUAAUGCUUAGUCAUGUCUAGUGCUGUCUGCAUAGGUAAUAUAUGCUUGCUAUGUCGGCCACGACCAGAGGAUUUAAUCCUAAUUUUUUUUUGGAAAUGUAAAAAUCAUCUUUUUGCAGGGAAGUCUAGUUUUUUCUGUAUAUCUUCCAAAUAUUCACAUUAGAAGCUACACUGUAAGUGAAAUGCGAAAGUUUUAUUAAUAUUGUGCUUUUCCACUUCAUCUAUAUUCAAGGUCUAUAUGUUCUUUGUGCUUCAGUUGGAAAAUAAUAUCAUGUUUCUCGUAUAUAUUCUCUAGAUUGCAUAAACAGUGGUACAUGCAAAUGUAGCUAAAAAAUAAGUGACAUUA